ACGAAGUAGCCGGAAGUGGUCGUACAUAACAUGUACAGUUGGCAACAUGAUAGACGGUUACAGCGCUACCGUCCAGACAAUUCUGGGUACGUUGUUUACAUGGGGACUCACAGCAGCUGGAGCAGGACUGGUUUUUGUAUUUCAGAGCAAUCAGAGAAAAGUGUUGGAUGCCAGUCUGGGGUUUGCUGCUGGUGUGAUGACAGCUGCGUCCUACUGGUCACUUCUUGCCCCCGCUAUAGAAAUGGCUGAACGUUCUGGUCUGUAUGGAGAACAGGGACAGUGGUCCUUCAUUCCUGUUAGCAUAGGAUUUAUACUAGGAGCCGUGUUUGUGUAUGGUGCUGACGUUCUCAUGCCUUACUUGGGAGCCAACAGUUCCAACCUCAUUGUGACACUAGAAGCAGCUUCAUCCAAAGUAGAGAAGGAGGAUAAUGUACAGAUAGAUUUUGUUAACCAAAAUAAUUACACAUCUA